AUGUGUUUGAGCAGGGGGACAACAGGAUUUGAGUGUUUUGCCUACUACAGGGAGAUAACAAAUGUGGUGACAGGAGAUAAGAUUCAAAUAAAAAGAGACAAAGACAAUGUAGACUCAAAAACUGGAGAACGGGAGACGGGAGACGGGAGACGGGAGACGGGAGACGGGAGACGGGAGACGGGAGACGGGAGACGGGAGACGGGAGACGGGAGACGGGAGACGGGAGACGGGAGACGGGAGACGGGAGACGGGAGACGGGAGACGGGAGACGGGAGACGGGAGACGGGAGACGGGAGACGGGAGACGGGAGACGGGAGACGGGAGACGGGAGACGGGAGGACAUGGGACACAAUGGGAGACGGAAGGCAAGGAAAAAUGGGAAAAUAA